GGCACUACUGUAGAGAACAUCUGCUCAGAGCUGAGGUAUCUCCCGGUGACUCAGACGCUGGCCGAAGACCGGGCACUGACUAUCCUCUGUGACCUGUCCCACUCUACCCGGGAUGCUGUAGAGGUCGCCAUGUCUUUUGAAAAGGACGGACGAUCAAAGGACAGUGACUGUGGAUAUAUUCAGAAGGCUGCCAGUGCCAUUACUGGAGCUCUGUCGAAAUACCACAACACUACCACCCUUCAAGCUGUAGUGGAAGCCAGUGUGGAGAUGCAGGUUGAAUGUCCUGCUGAAGGUUAUUUAGUCCCUGUGCUGGGGGUUGUCUUCAGCAUCCUCUGGAUCUUCUGCCUUGUUGUUUGCAUUUGGUGGACCCGUAAAAGAAAGAAAGAGCGAGAGAGAGCUGCCCUGUCUGAAGACAUCACUGCUAACAACCAGCUGGAGCCGCUGCGGGGCAAUACCCCAAAGGACAACCGCGACAGAGACAUUCAGUAUGAAUGCAAGAAACUAAUGGGCCCCUCUGACAGGACGUGUGAUAGGGCCGAUGACGAUGAGGAGGAGUGGCAGCUGGAAGGGGUGCUGGAGGAAGACGAAGAGAGGGCCCUGGGCUUGGGGGAUAAGUGUCUGCCUCACAAGUUCCCCAUGAUGGGAGCUCAGGACAGGAGCAUGAUUAUAAAGGCGGAUGUGAUCUGCACAACAGGCAGCCGUCCAGUGAAAGCGCCACAUCGGACGGCAUACAGCCCCAAAGACAACCGGUGUAAAAAUCUUAAUGCCGCCAAUCUUAGCGAAGACAUUAAAGACCACUGUGUGUAAACUAAAGCAGGGACCUUCAGAGUCUUCAGCGCAACAGACUUUAAAACUCUUGCACCACAAGGGCAGACUACAGAUAUUUUAAUUUUCUAUUGUUUAUCGAGCCUUAUUUAAAUUCUGUAUUUGCAGCAGGGAGGCUUUUUUUAACUCAUGAAACAAAAAAAAAAUGGCAUGAAAAAAAAAAAUAAACUUCUGUGUUUCUGGAGUCCAAGAAACUCCUCUCCUUUUUGUUUCAAAACACUACUGGACUGCUGAAGCUUUUUGGUUUCAUUAUUUAUGUGAACAUUUAAAGGAAAUUCAAACCGUCAGUGAGGAAAACAGUGUAGUUUGAACUGUAAGCCCCGCUCCCAACUGUUUUACCCCAUGAGAAACCCUCCUUCUCCCCCCUGCUCUCCUCCCAGUUGACAUGCAUAAGACUAAACACGCCCCUCUAGCUCAUGCACGAUCCUCUGGAAGAAACAAGGCUUCAUCGAGGGACUUUUCUUUGUCUUCUUCAACAUAAAUGGCUAUGUCUUGAGUAAAUUAUAUUUUCCUAUGUGAAUGGUCAACACUUACAUUCAAGUAAUAGCAUACCAAGCUUUUCUGUUUACAUACCCUGUCGUGCACGUGCUGGAGGAACUGGUGCUUAGCAAAGGCUCUGUCCCUCGUGCCGUUGGCAAAGAAAAGUGAUCCCGGGCUAUCCCCCAGUUCGCUGCUUAUUCCUACUAAAGUAGGAAGUAUUGUCUUUUACAUUUCUGCAUUUUUCUUAUGUUUCAUUUUAUGUUGAGGCUUAAACGUUCCUGCAUUUGCCCUUUCAAAAUAAGAGUUAUUGCCUCCUGUUUUUCUACACACUGGUCGUUCAGUAUUUUUAUUUUUGAACAAAAGUGCCUUGAAUUGCUAGCUUUUUGCUUCUUUUUCACACUUGCUGAUUCUUAAUACAUAUAAAUGGAAGAAAGUUUAAGUAACAAACUUUUUCCUGCAGCAAAUAAUUGUUUCAUUGUGAUGUACAGAACACAUGUAAAUAGGACAGAAAUGGCUGUGUAUAUUUGAUUUUAGUAAGUUAAGUGAUUUUUUUUGUAUUACAGUAAUUCUAAAUAAUAAGGUUGCCUGUGGGCUUUGAUUUGGAUUGUUAUGUCAUUCCGUUUAUUAUUGGCAGGUUUUAUUCUAAUGAUUUUCAGAUUUUCUCUAUGCUCAACCCUAAUUAUUAAUACAGAACUGUUUAAAAAAAACUGUUAAUUGCCAUUGUACAAAUGCUGAAUUUGGAGAGUUGUGUUGUUUUAGCCGUGCAUUAUUGUGAAAGCUAUCUUUCAUCUUCUGUUUUCUUAUAUUUCUGCUAUAGUAAUAAUAUAUAGGUGAUUUUUUUUUCAACCCUUCCUAAACCUUUGUUUCAAAAUGUGCAUUUCCUUUUGUUUUGUUUUUGUUUAUAUUUUAAAAAGAUCAUUGAUGACUAUAAUUUUUCACUGUCCUAUUACUGGUCCCAGCAUUACUGUUUUAUUGUUUUGUUUUUAAUCACAAACUCCAAUCUAAGGCCAACAUUAAAGUAAACCAGACAUAAUUAUUGUUGUUUUAUACAACGCUGGGCUCUGAAUUUCCUAAUUUUACUGGUGUUACACAUCCUAUUGUUUUCCAAGUAUUGUCUGUUACCAGACCCUCUAUGCCUUCUGUUUAAGUUCAGUUGAAAUUGAUCUGAAAAGGGAAUUCCCAGUUCACCAUUCUUACCCAACCAUUCACAAUAGCUUGGUUAUAUCCAAUAAAUUUAAGGUAUGUCUGAAAGCUUUUUAUUUAUUUAUUUGCGUAUCUUAUGCUACCAACUUUAAAAACACUUUCAUAAGUAACAUAACAUGGAUUUUGGACACUUAGCACUAUCCAUUCAGCCAUUCGGCCAACAUAAUGAGCAGCAUCAUGAAAUGGUGGACACUUUGUUGUAAGUAGGGGGAGGAAAGCUGGUCAGAAUCAAUGGGAUGACAGAUCAAGAUGUUAACUCGUGUGGGCUCAAACUACAGGGUGUUCAUUGACAGUUUUGCUGCAAGUUGUCCAUUUAGAUCACAAGACUAAAAAUGGCAUAGAAAUAGAUCUGAUUUUCUAUUUUCAAUACACACUUUACAGGUCACAGGGUCCGGAUAGUUCAAAGCACCACAGGCCGUCUCGCUUUAGCCGCCUCAUGUUCCCCUUCCAGAUAAACAGUUUUAUGGUCUGUUGACAGCGGACAUGCCACAAACGGUAUCAAGGUGCCGGAUAGUGAAGUGCCCUUAAGCAACAUCCUCAUGACCCAAUACAAAAGUCUUUAUGAUAUGACUGGGAAAGUUCAUAAUGUAACAUGCCCAUUCUAUUUCCCUGUUCUUUUUUUCCUGGUUAAAUGAAGGGAACAAGUUGUAUAAUUCUUGAUGUUCACUGUUGUGAAUAAUUCAGCAAUAAUGGGGGAAAGUUCACAUAUUGUCACUAUUUGUGUAGGAAAAUUGUUUUUUUAAACAUUUUGUUAAUAAUGAUGAAAGAGAACCUAAAUAAAAUUUUUGACUGUAAAAUUUGCAUUAUGUUAGCCCAAGAAGAGCAGCUGAAUGCUCAGAACGUUGUAAUGGUUUUGUAAAAAAAAAAAAAAAAAAAGGAAAAAUCUUGGUUUGUUAGCUGACUUCAUUUUUUGUUCAAAGAAAUCCUAUUAUUUAUUAAAGUAUUUUAUACCAAAAA